AUGGAGCCAAGCAGUGGCCCCCAAGCCCUCUCCCUGCAGCACGUGGACUCCGCAGGGAGCAGGCAUCACACGGCCGAAGCCACCAUCGCGCUACGUGGCAUUGCCCGUGACACCCUGAAUAACCAGAUAGAAGAAAUCUUUCCAGAAGAGCUUGCUCGUCUUUACAGACUGGAAACUCUCAAUUUGCAAAACAACAGGCUGACUUCAAAAGGGUUGCCAGAGGAAGCAUUUGAACAUCUGGAGAACCUGAAUUACCUGUACCUGGCAAACAAUAAGCUAACAGUGGCUCCGAAAUUCCUACCAAAUACCUUGAUCAGUGCAGAUUUUGCAGCCAAUUAUCUCACUAAGAUAUAUGGGCUCACGUUUGGACAGAAACCAAACCUGAGAUCUGUGUAUCUUCAUAACAACAAACUUUCAGAUGCUGGGUUACCUGAUAAUAUGUUCAAUGGCUCUGAUAAUGUGGAGAUACUCAUCAUGUCCAGCAAUUUCUUGAAGUAUGUUCCAAAGAAUCUCCCUCCAGCGCUAUAUAAAUUACACUUAAAGAACAACAAGCUAGAGAAGAUUCCCAAAGGAGCCUUCAGUGAGCUUACAGGUCUGCGGGAGCUCUAUUUACAGAAUAACUACUUGACUAAUGAAGGAAUGGACAACGAAACUUUCUGGAAAUUGUCUAGUCUUGAAUAUCUGGAUUUGUCCAGCAAUAACCUCUCACAAAUCCCAAGUGGUUUACCUCGAAACAUCGUCCUCCUCCACCUGGAGAAGAAUGCAAUUAAGGUGAUUGGCAGAGAUGUCUUGACCCAAAUUAAGAACCUGGAGUACCUUCUGCUCCACAAUAACAAAUUAAAAGCCCGAGGUAUUCACCCGUUAGCCUUCCAUGGCUUAAAGAAGCUGCACACUGUCCACAUGUACAACAACAUGCUGGAAAGGAUUCCCAGCGGGCUGCCCCGGCGAGUGAAAACACUUAUGAUCCUUCAUAACCAGAUCUCUGAGAUUAACAGGAACGACUUUGCUACCACUUACUUCCUUGAAGAGCUGAACCUGAGCUACAAUAAGCUCAAAAGUCCCCAGAUCCAUCGAGAGGCCUUCCGUAAACUGAGGCAACUAAAGUCCUUGGAUCUUUCUGGAAACAAUCUCCACACAGUGCCCUUUGGCUUUCCAAAGAACUUGCAGAUUCUGAAGCUGAAGGAGAAUGAGAUAAGCACCAUCCCAAAAGGGACUUUGUCUGGGAUGACAAAGCUGCGGGAACUGUAUUUGAGCAACAAUAAACUGAAAAUAAAUUCCAUUUAUUCAAGAGCGUGGAGAGAACUCAGCAGUCUCCAGUCACUAGACAUGGCUGGCAACCAGCUGACGUCCAUCCCGUCAGGCCUGCCAGAAUCUCUAGAGUAUCUGUAUCUUCAGAACAACAAGAUCACAACCAUUUCAGAGAAUGCUUUUGAAUCCACACCCAACAUAAAGGGGAUUUACCUCAGGUUUAACAAGAUUGCAGUUGGAGCACUGAAGGAAAGUACCUUCCAAAACCUAAAGCACUUACAGGUACUGGAUAUUGAAGGGAACCUUGAAUUCAGCAACAGUUCAAAGAAUAAGGAUGACUCAGAAGAGGAAAUAGAAGAUGAGGAAGAGGAAGAGGAAGAAGAACUGUGAUAAAAUGUGAACUCACACAAGCACAUCAUGUGGGAGGAAAGCAUAUGGAACUUACAUAUAUGUCUAUGUGUAUAUAUCUAUAUAGAUAUACAGAGAACACUUAGCAAAACGUGCAAUGAAUUACACAGAAACUGUCGUGGCACUGGGCCAGGCUCAUGGAAGACAGCGUGUUACAGUGCCUUAUUCGGGGAGAGACCCUGAAUGCCUUUCCAAAGCUUCCAAAUCAUCUUAUACAAGACCCAGGAUCAUAAGGGAUUGCUCUGGAACUCACAAAAGCUGGCUUUUGUUUCUUCUGUUUCUUUUCCCUCACUGUUUCCAUCUGUAAUAACAAUAUGGGACUGUUUUGAACACGUGCCUUCAAAUGCUGUUUUUGCCACUGCAUUUUAAGUGAACCAUGUAUAUGCUGCUUUUCUUUUCCUCCAUCCUUAAGAAGCUGUUGUUGAUCAGGCAAGAUGGAUAUUUGCAGUACUUUCAUGUGUGGAGCAGUGUAUGAGGCAUUUUUGUCAUCAAGCAGCAGUAAUAAUUCUAGAUGCAAUUAUUCCUCUGUUAUAACAAUGUGUAUAUUUGGAUAAGAAAAACAAAGUAAGGCUGGAUCCCAUAAUAUUUUAUCUCUACUGCCAAGCUUGCAGUAUAUGCCUGUUUUAGAAAGGUUUUAAGAUUGCUCUUGUGAAAAUAUAUAUAAAAUCUGUAUGUCUGCCUUCCA